AUGGUACCAGUCCUCAAACUCUGGGGGCAUCUCUUGCGUCCAACUAACGGGCUGGGGGACACUCCUGUGCCGACCACUCUAGCUCCCGAGCAACCUUUAAAGUCAUCGGAUGAACAGACUACGGAAAAUGCUGUAUAUGAUGUGAAGCAACUGAGAUACCUCACGAGUUCAGCCAAUGUCGAUGCCCUGGUGGAGGGAUAUGCGCGCUGGGUGAUGCAUGCAACCGGCCAGACACAGGUUGCCUUCUGGGUCAGUGCACGAGCAGAAGACUGCGAGGCUGAACGCAUACUGGUCAUUGCACAAUGCAUGGAGUACAGUUUGGCGCUCGAAUGGGGUGUCUUUCAUGUUCCGGUCUUAGACGCCAACGUGCUUAUGAAGAGGGUCGAGUUCGGGCUGUGUCUCGUCCAUGGCGGAAAGAUGCCAGUGAGGUCAGAGAAUAAUAUCCCAUUAAAUUUAUGCGUCGAUGUCGCAUCCUCCGAAGCCAGGUUGAUAUAUAAAUCACGGUCGGUCCAGGGCAAAGGUCUGCAGGCAUUGGUGCAACAGUUGGAGUCAUUGCUGCCGUGCAAUGACAAGCAAAACGAUCCUUCUCAAUUUUGGCAAAAGCAUCUCGAGGGUUUCGUCGGAGUCUGCGAAAGACAAUUCCCAACACUCUCUUGCGUGCGCAUGGUUCUGGAGCCGGACUAUCCACCAACCGUGUCACGAACCCUCACUCUGGAGGCGUCCAGGAAGAAAUUUGAGGAUUUCGCGGCUCAGUACGGCCUCAAGUCAAUUGACACGAUUUUCCAAGGCGCAUUUGCGACGAUCCUGUCCGAAUACCUUGAGCUGGAUAGAGUGAUUCUCGGAGACGUCACCUCAUCCACCGCUGAUUCGGCUGCCCUGACUUCGGAUUCCACUGUACCUGUUCCGAUUGUCGUCGAUCCUCAAAUGACGGCGACAGACUUAUUACGUCAAAUUGAUGGCUUCAUGUCAAGUGCAGUUGCACUGAAAGAAGUGCCACUCGGGUUGAUGCGAGAGAUCCUGCAAUGUCCUCCUCAACAGGCCCCGUUCAAUGCACAUUACACGGGGAAUACUCAUGCCGAGCCAGGAGAAAAACACUCUGCGCAGUUUAACAUCGAUAGCUCACCAAUCUCAUUGAGCGUCCAAUGCUCUGGGAAAGACAAUCUGUCAUGCACGCUCUCAGUUCGAGGUGACUUGAUGGACACUCAUCAUGUAGACCUCGUGUUACAGCAGAUUGAUGCUUUGAUCACUGUAAUGAUCGGCAAUCCGACAGAGCAGAUUCACGACCUCACUCGGACCUUUCCCAGAUACCUUCUCUCCAUGCACGCACCUGUGGUCAGCGAGCAACUGAAGCAAGCACCCAGUCUAUCUCCAUUUCAUUGGGUAGAACACUGGGCGAAGUCGAAUCCAACCUGGCCAGCCGUUGAAGUCAUAGAGUCAGUCAGUGAAGACGGAAUUCAGUCUCGAAUGUGGACUUAUGGCGAGCUGGCACAGACUUCUGACCGGAUUGCAACGUGGCUCGUCCGCCGAGGCUGGCGCAAUUUGAUGAUUGGCGUCUGUCUUGGUCGCUCCUUCAUCACGUACGCAAUAGUCUUGGCGAUCUGGAAGAGUGGGAACUGCUACAUUCCCAUUGCGGAAGACCUGCCCGAAGCGCGGCGAGUCCUCCUGCUUAGUGAUAGUGGUGCUACGGCUUUGUUCUCGGAUCAUGAGGUGUUAGGAGACGUAGUACCUCCGGAUGGAUGCGAGGUCAUUGAUGUCAACAGUCCUGAGCUUCAUGAGGAGCUUUCUAGCAUUGACGAAGUAGCAGUGAUUGAGGCAGACCCGUCUGACAACUGUUAUCUUCUCUACACGUCCGGGUCCACGGGGCUGCCGAAGGGCGUUUUGGUCAGCCGUGGCAAUCUGUCUGCCUUCACAGAAGCGCAGUCCGAAUAUAUCUGUCGGGAUGUGCCAGACACCUUGAAGCUAGGAGGCGCGGGCAGUUACUUGGCGCAUGCCAGUCGAGCCUUUGAUGUUCAUAUCUGUGAGAUGGUUCUGGGCUGGCAUCAUGGGCUUCGUCUGGUGACUGCCCCACGCACCAUGCUGCUCGAUAACCUCCGCCUGGUCCUCACGCAAUGCCGCAUAUCUCACGCGGGAUUUGUGCCUUCCCUCCUCGAGCACACGGGUCUCAGUGCUGAGCAGUUGCCCGAUCUCCGAUAUCUCGGGGUGGGGGGUGAGAAGAUCUCGGAGACAAUUAUCGAACGCUUUGUCGGAAAGCCAUCGAUUGCUCUGGUCAACGCAUACGGACCAACUGAGGUUACGAUCGGGCUGACAAGCCACACGGUGACUGCUUCCUCGACGGUCCGAAACAUUGGCUCAGCGGUAGGGAACAUCACCCUUCAUGUUCUCGAGCCGGAGACCAAUGACUACGUGAAAAGAGGCCAGGCAGGAGAGCUCUGCGUCACCGGAGAUCUUGUCGCUAAGGGAUAUCACGGUAGGCCGGAUGCAAAAGGGUUCACAUACUUUCACGGGCAACAUAUGUACCGCACCGGUGACAUUGUUCGUUUGAUGGCGAACGAUUGUGUCGAAUAUCUCGGUCGACGAGACAGUCAAGCAAAGGUCCGCGGUCAGCGUUUGGAGCUGGAAGAAGUAUCUAUCGCAGUGCGUCGAUGUGCUGAGCGCCCAGUCAACGUCACUUCGAUAGUGACACCCUCACCGAUCACGAAGCGGCCUCAGUUGGUCACCUUCAUAAGUCCUGCCAGCGAUCGUCCUGAAAAUGCCACAGCACAGCCAGUAUUUGCGCAGGAGGAGUAUCAGAAAUGGAUCCCCCAGGUCUUGGAGCGCUGCCGUCAGCAGCUCCCAGCUUACAUGGUUCCGAGUGUCUUGCUCCCUGUCACUUUCAUACCCAUUCAGAUAUCGGGCAAAGCAGACAAUCGCCGCCUAGUAGCUCUAUACGAGGGUAUCCCUGCAUCCGAUCUACUGCAUGGAGCUGAGACUCCUUCGGUCACAGAGCGAGAACCAAAUCCGGAAUCAGAAGAUCAACCGUUGACAAUUGAGGAGCAGGGGAUUGUCGAUCUUGUUUGCUCCGUGACGUCGGCUGACAGCCAUGCCGUUACGAGGACAACUAGCAUCUUCCAAUUGGGGCUGGAUAGCCUCAGUUCCUUGAAUUUAGCAGCUCGGAUGCGGGAAGCUGGCUUUAUCUGCUCCGCAUCCGACAUCAUGCGCAGUGCAACUGUGGAGCACCUGGCACUAUUGCCUAGGCACGGCGACAAGGCAGGCCGAAGCGCCCAGGCAGGGCGACAGCUCCUCGAAUCUACGCAGCAGCUGGUGACCCUUGAUCGUGCCGUUCGCGCCUCUCCGAAGCUCAUUCCAAAUUCCUCAAUCGCGAUUAUCAGACCUUGCCUACCUCUCCAGGAAAGCCUUGUCUCCAGUUCGGUUGACAGUGAUAUUCCACUCUACGUCAACCAUACACUAUUUCGGUUGCGGCCUACCGCGUCAUUAAAAGCACUCAGACUGGCAUUUGAAGACGUAGUACAGGAGAAUGAGAUCUUUCGGACCUGUUUCCACAUCAUGGAUGACCGGGUGGUGCAAGUGGUCUUGAAGCCUCGAGUAGCGAAGGUAGCUUGGGAUGAGAUUGAGGUAGCGGAUGAGCAAGCCGCUCGGCAGCACUUCGAGAAAUGCCAGCCACAGAUUGCAUCCAAGAUUGUUUGGGGCAUCGAGAGACAUCCUCCUAUGCACAUGACUGCUGCGUGCUCCACGGAAAACCAUGAUUCCGGGUGGCUGAUGCUGUCCAUCCAUCAUUCGAUCUUUGACGGGGCCAGUAUGGGAAUACUUCUCGACAGGCUAUAUCAGCACUAUUCCGGGCAAUCAUCCACCGAUGCGAUUAAUCUUACCCCUUUAUAUCGAUACUUAGUCAGGCCAGCGGAGAAAGAAGCCGAGCAGUACUGGUCUCAAUAUCUCUCAGACUGCUAUCCUGGAGUUGUCAUCGUUGAUGACCCGAGCGAUACGACAUACAGUAUCACGACAGAGACAUUACCUCUGAAGCUGUCUGAGCUCUCUAAUCUUGCCUCUCGCAUAUCGACAACUGCCCCGCUGUUGAUAGAAACUAUAUGGGCUAUUUCCUUGGCGAAGCUUCUGGGCCAAGGUGAUCUAAUCUUUGGCCGGGUCAUGAAUGGUAGAGCGAUACCAGUAGACUCAGUCGAAACCAUGUUGGUUCCCCUUGUGACCACGGUCCCUGCUCGGUUCCGCCUGUCAUCUGGCGCGUCGAGUCUGGUCAAUCUGAUCAAGGAGCAUACCAGAGCUAGUCUGGAGUCCUUGCCUCACCAACACACGUCGCUACGUGCUAUCCAGCGAUAUUGCCACGCUCCAGGCCCUUUAUUCAACACGAUGUUCUCUUAUCUUGCCGUAAAGACUUCAUCAGUCGAUGUCUUGCUGCAGGAAAUGGAUAGUGUCAUGGAGGUAGACUAUCCACUGGCACUAGAGGUUAGAGCAGACACGGAGACAGACACUGUCACUCUGCGGCUGAGAACCACCAGUGAUCCUUCUUUGUCCCAGCAAGCUACUUCCCUUUUCAGCACAAUGGUCAUCCUGUUGCAGAGCCUGGUGGCUGCAGGAGACGCAGUCGUAGAUGAGCCUGCUCUAGUUCAGGGACAAGAACAGACACAGACAACUGCAUGGGACGAAAUUCAAUGGACAGAAGGUGAGACGAAGAUCAGACAGAUCGUCUCUCAGAUCACCGGGCUACCUGAAAACCAGAUUGCCAAGAAUUCCUCAUUCUUUGCGCUAGGGAUCGACUCGGUGAUCUCUAUCCGGCUCGCCCGUUGCUUCCAAGAACAUCAGAUCAAAGUGUCUUCAAGCGAUAUCUUGAGAUAUCCGUCUGUCGGGUCACUGUACAAUCAUCUGGAGAACGCUUCGAUUUUACCUUCCGUACGCCAGGGUGAACAGACUAAAUUGGUUCCACAUGCGGACAUCAAUCUUUUACAUGGAGACGACUCAAUCGUUGAGACAUACCGCUGCACGCCGCUGCAGACGGCCAUGAUAGCACAUUGUUUGAGCACUAACGGGAAGGAUUAUGUACACCACCACAUCGUCACUCUAGACGACUCCGUCAACCUUGGUCAUCUGGAGAGUGCGUGGAAGCAGCUUGCAGAGCAGGCUGAUAUUCUGCGGACUACAUUCCAUCGGCACGAGGCAGGUGGUGGCUUCUUAGCUGCGGUUCAUAAGCACCCGUCGAUACGGUGGUUCUAUGAUAUCGAAGAAGAAUCGUUGGCAAGCGCCAUUCGUCGAAUUUCGGAAGAAGGGGGUUAUCCCGAGAUAGACAGCUUCCAAACUUCACCAUGGAAAGUUCACAUUCUCCAACACAACGCUCAGCGGCUAAUGGUCGUCACUAUGCAUCACUGUCUGUAUGACGGGUUCUCUCUUCCACUCAUGUUUGACUCCUUGGAGGGGAUCUACCGCGGACAAGAUGUGAUAGUCCAGCCAUUCGCGCCGGCUGCUCAUCGGGUCGCAAGUCUUCAGGAACAAUCCACGCAAUUCUGGACCACUGUUGUGGCAGGGUAUCGAUAUUCCGGUAUUCCAGCUCCAAUAGACUCUCCCACAGCAUCCCAACCGCAAUGGGCAGAGGUGAAGGUGCAGAUUCCGGCGGCGGAAUUGCUACAUCGAUGCAGCUCCCUCGAAGUCACUCUGCAAACUGUCGCCCUGUUUGCUUACGGGAGGUCACUGGCAGUUCUGUUAGGGCAGCGCGAUGUGGUAUUCGGCCAUGUUGUUUCUGGACGUGGACUGGAUGACGGUACCACUGGGUCAAUCGUGGGCCCUCUUAUCAACACGGUGCCUUUUCGUCUGACACUGGACUCCAUUCUGCAGAGCACUCGCUCGGCCCUGCGGGCUAUUCAACUCUUCUGUGCGGAUGCUCUACAGCAUCAGCACGUAUCGUUAGGUCAGGUCCAGAAAGGCUGGCGUUUAACGAGCCAGAGCCCCAGUCCGUCACUGUUCGACGCGCUCUUCACAUUCAACAAGUCGGAAAGUCCGGAUCGUACCUCGCCAUUCCAGCCGUACGUGUCGGACCGCGAGCUGGUCUCUCCUCACUACAAACUCAAUGUCGAAUUCGAGCAAGCUCCGGAAUCUCUGUUCAUUCGGGUGUCUUGUCGCGAUGUUUUCGGGGGAAAGGGUGAGCUCGAAGUCUGGCUCGAGACGCUUGCUCAAGGGCUGGUCGAGAUUGUCAACCGCCCCGAUGCGCCCGUGCUGAGCUUUCCAACUGGGCUUAGUGCCCUGCCCCUUGCUACUCCCUUCCAGCAGGUUCUUGAUGAAGAAUCUGGCGAUUCUCCGGAAGCGGCGCACCAGGCUACGGUCAUCAAGGAGAUUCUUGCGACAGUGACGGGGACCCCUAUUGAGCAGAUUCAUAAUGAUAGCGAGGUAUUCACACUUGGAGUGGACUCGAUUCUAGCAAUUGACAUCAGUGCCAGAUGCCGGAAGGCUCAAUUGAGACUCUCUGCGAGUAAUAUUCUACAGGGAAAGACAGUCCGAGGCAUUGCGAGACUUGCUGCGAAGCAUCUGAUCACCUUACCGGAUACGGGACUCGACGCUGUUCAUCCUACCAUGAUAACUCGCGAGUCAAGAGAAAAAGCAUUGGCUAUAUUGUCUCUGGUCGAAGCGGACGUAGAGGCUAUUCUACCUUGUCUCAGUGGUCAGCUUUUCUACAUAUCUCGCUGGCUUCAAAGUGGCAGACGACUUUGGGAGUUCACAUUCGCGUUCCGCAGCAGUGAUCGGAUUGAUGAGAGGCGGAUACAGGAUGCUUGGCACGCGCUUCAGGAGAGACAUAGCAUUCUUCGCACCUCUUUUGCCGCCGUGUCUUCCGCUGAGGUUGUGCAAGUCGUGUCUAAGAAUCCUCGGGCCGACAGAGUUCACGUGGAGAGGCGACUGUGCAAUGAGGCAUCUCAGGGUUCCGUUCACCAUUCUACCGACAGGAAUGCCGCUUCCCCGUCGACCAUGUUCAUACCACCAGCCAGGCUGUGUCUUAUACACUCGCCAGACUCUGACGCCCUCCUACUUACCCUCCAUCAUGCCUUGUAUGACGCUUGGACAAUUCCUAUCCUGUUGAGAGAUCUGGAAGCCCUCUACCUGGGCAAAUCUCUAUCAGCUGCGGCUGACUUCUCCUCGUUUGUCCGCCAAACCCAGCGCAAGCCCGAUUCGUCCUGGCGACGAAGGCUCAACAUGGGGCAGCCCACGAUUCUAGGAUCAAAUGCCUACAACCAGCAGGACUUCCGAAAUAUCAAGUCUUCCGAGCUUUUGUGCCUGCAAAAACUGAGCAAGGUAGAGAGUCUCUGUCACCAGAAAGGCAUCUCGAUGCCCUCCGUCAUUUUGCUAGCCGUUGGCCGCGGCCUAGCGCGCAUCACAACAGUCGGCCACCCAACGUUCGGACUCUUCUCAGCAGGGCGGUCCAACGACUUUCCCGAUAUCCAUCGACUGGCCGGUCCGACGGUCAACACGUUACCUUUUGUCGUUCAGAACGCCCUCUCUGGGCCCGUAUCGGCCAGCAUAAGCGACAUCCAGCAAACCCUGAACGAACGUGCUCUGCACGACCAGACAGACCUCCGAGACCUGCUCCAGAUGAUGAAAUUGUCCGGUGACGAUCUCCAAUUCAAUUUGCUUGUCAAUAUCCUCUGGGGCAAGUUGAGGCGUGAUGCCGGUGGCGAUGCUGGGGAUAGUAUUCUGACCCCGUGUCGCAUCGGCCCUUCUGAAGGACCCAUGACUGCGCUGUUAACUGAGGAGAAGACGUCUGUUGACACCUUGGACUGGAACGACUUGCCGUGUCGUCGCAAUCUAAUGCUGGAGGUGGCGUGCAGCGAGCAGGACGAUGCGCUACUGUGGAAGAUCGACUAUACUUUGGAUAUGAUGUCGUCUCGCGAAGCCGAUGGAAUUCUGGAGUUGAUUGGAAAGGAAGUUGAGGAAGUUGUCAGAGCAAUUUCGUCAGAUUAGUUUUUCUGUUUGAGGUCUGCUUCGAUGCUCCGGUACUGCGGGAUGGCUAGCGUUACGUUUGUGUUGAUACAUAUUUCAACAAUCCGAAUCAUUCGCCAUACAAGCAUAAUAUGUGAACUCGGCCGCGGGAGUAGAGGGUAAUUAGAGAAAUCAAACCAAAGUAGAGCAAAGCCUGAGGCAAAUUCAUGCUCAACCCCUGCGGCUAGUUGACUCAGUGGAGGGUGGGAGGAUAGCCGCAGCCCGUGGAUCCGAGAUUUAUCCGUUCGUGUGCCUUAGCUCUUGUCCAAAGUUUCUUGUUGGUAUGCUUUGAUAUUCUCGUAUCUCCUGUGAUGACAAUGAGGGCCAGUAGAUGCAGCCGAU